GAACCCAGCAGCCGCUCAGCAGUAGCUGACCGUGUGGAUGUGUUUGGUUCGGGUGUAGCAGACAGAGGAAGACAGGACAAAAAAGAUGGACACGGUCAUUUUGAAGAUCAUCUUGUCCCAUCAAGGUGCAGUAAACUUGGAUGACUUGAUGUGUGAUCUCGGCUCGGGCGAUGCUAUUAUUGAGAUCAUUACUAACGCAGAGAAGUUAGUGUCGUGUUGCCCUUUCGGGCAGGCGAAGGUGGUGGCCAGGACCAGUCUAAGACUGUGCAGAGUUCAGAGCUGUACGGGACCAUGCAGGGGGCUACACCUGUGUAAAAAAUAUCUCCUCACCGGGUCCUGUCCCUUCACUAGGACAAGGACUGGAUGCAGAUUCUCACAUGACCUGGAAUCUUCUCACAAUGCGGAGAUACUGAAACAGCAUGAUCUGGAUUCUCUGAGCCGGGCGGAGCUGUCCACACUGCUGCUGCAAAGCGACAACUCAUUCCUGCCACAGAUAUGUCAUGAUUACAACAAUGGCUCCGGGGACUCCGGCCUGUGUAAGGAGGGUUUUGAUUGCAAGAGACUCCACAUCUGCGAGAGGUUCCUGCACCACGACUGCAACUGUUUCAGGACUCAUGAUUUUACCGCUGCACAGCCAUUGAAAAACCUGCAGGAGAAACGCAUACCUGAUGAACUCUUUGACUCCUUGAAGUCUGCUUAUGCAAACAUAUUGGCUUUGAAGUACAAUGACAGAAAGGGCGAUGGGGGCAACCGUCCACAGCAGAAAGAAAACUCUUCCGCCGGUAACUACAGAGGGAGAGGUGGUUUCAGGGGUAACAGAGGAAACAGGGGCAACAGAGGAAAUAGAGGCCAUAGAGGAAGAAGGGGCAAUGGAGGAAACCAGGGCAACCUUCACCGAGCCAAUUCAAGCAGCGACAUCCUUGUCGAUUUUGAUGAUUUAGAUCUGUAUAGUGCAGAUGGACUGGACGGAGAGCAGCAACGCCCUGCUGCUGCCGCCAACGCCUCCGAAACGAGCAGCGACGAUGGUCAGGGCAGAAAACAAAAGCCGAAUAAACCCACAGAAGCUGUUAAUCAACAAACCCGUUCCACUAAUGACAUCCCUGGUGCUGAUGCAAAGGGUCCUGAGGGGGCAAACAGAAGGCAAAGGCCUGUCAGAGGUAAACAAGAUAAAACUGAGAUAUGCAUGUACUUCAUCAAAGGACACUGCAUACAUGAUGAUAAAUGUUUUAAAGUUCACGACAAGAUGCCGUACAGAUGGGUGGUCAAAGAGGAUGAUCAAUGGAUCAAUUUGCCUGAAAAUGAGAAGAUUGAGAAGGACUACUGUGACCCUGAAAAUACAUACAGUACCACCAGCCCACCUGUCCAUUUUGACACCAUGACCCAUCAAUCGAAGGACGUACGACGACUCUCGACCAUCAACUCUUUGAUUCAGCCAGACUUCAUCCACACCACUGAGUGGCUUUGGUACUGGGAGGACGAAACCGGAAAGUGGAACGCGUACGCCUCAGCUACUGGGGGACACAAAGCGGCAGACAUGGACAGCUCUACACUGGAGCAGAGGUUUCUGGACAAUGACAAAGACGUGGUGGACUUCACCGCUGGUCCACAGUCAUACUCACUCAGUUUCCAGGACAUGCUUCAAACAAACAAGCACUAUGGCACUAAGAGGCUUGUGAGAAGACGACCCAAGUUUUUCUCUGCAGCUGAAGUCAGAGCAAAGAAAUCCAGAAAGCCUACUUCAAAUUCCACUGCUGUACCCGACCACUGGGAUAAGACACAGAUUCCUGCAACGGGAUUCAAGCGAGUCCCCCUCCAGCGCCCCUCAGCUGAAUAUAAGGAGAUUGAAACUCUUUUCUGUAGCACUAUGAGAGGCUUCGACAUUCAGAAAAUAGAGAGGAUCCAGAACAAAGCCCUGUGGGACGCAUUUCAGUUGCAGAAAACUCACAUGAAGAGCAACAACUAUGGCGGCAAUGUGACAGAAAAGAAGCUUUUUCAUGGCACUGAUCCUGAAUUCGUAGAUGUAAUCUGCCACACCAACUUUGACUGGAGAAUCUGUGGAACUCAUGGAACUGCUUACGGCAAAGGAAGUUACUUCGCCCGGGAUGCAAAAUACUCUCACAGCUACACCGGCACCUCUGACGUCAAAUCCUUGUUCAUCUCACGGGUGCUGGUGGGAGACUACACUAAAGGGUCCUCCAGCUACCUCCGGCCUCCUUCCAAGGACAACGGGAAAAUAAACCUCUAUGACAGCUGCGUGGACGACGUUGUUACCCCUUCCAUCUUUGUCGUGUUUAAGGAGCAACAGAUCUACCCGGAGUACCUGCUGCAGUACAAGGCCACACACCCACUCGUCGACUUGUAUGGUACAGCAUCAGUACCCGCACCAAAACCAACUCCCAGACCAAGCGUAUAUGUUCAACAACCCAGUGUUUCAUCUCACCGACCCAGUGCAUCAGCUCAAACCAGUACAUCCUCAUCCCAACCAAUGGCAUCAGCUUAUGCAUCCAGUGCAUCUUCAUCCCAACCAAUGGCAUCAGGUUAUGCAUCCAGUGCAUCUUCAUCCCAACGAAUGGCGUCAGCUUAUGCAUCCAGUUCAUUUUCAUCCCAAUCCACUGCAUCACCUUAUAGGCCCAGUUCAUCCUCAUCCUCAACCGCAUACCUAUCCACCACAUCGGCUUAUCCACCCGGUGCAUCAUACCUAUCCGGCACAUCAGCUUCUGCAUCCAGCACACCCUCAUACACACCCAGCAGAAGGUUCCAGCCUGCUAGCAGACAGACACCAUCCCCUUCAGCUCCCUCACCAAGCCCCACCCCAAAGAAAUCCUCCGAUUCCUGUGUCAUUGCUUAGGGAUAAAGGUGAAGUGAGUGCAGGUGUGUUUUUGUAAUGAUAAUGACAUUUCAAGGAUGGCUCUUGCGCAGAUUGCUGUGGGUAAUUUGGCUCUGAAGUGUAAAUGAAGAGUACAGUGGUUUGUGGAGUGCUUAUUUAUGUGGAAGAGCAUAUGAUACUUAAAAUUAUUAAUCAGAGAUGAGAAAAGUGGAGUAGAUUUAAAAAAACAUUUUUUUUUAAACAAAAAAAAUAGGCAAGCAUUAAGUAGUGAUGUGACAAUGAAGCCUCAUGAACUAUUUUCAUUAUUUUCUGAGCCCACUAGAUGGUGAUCUCUGUUCAACAAAGAGCUGAAAGCACACUCGAUUAUCAUUACUCAAGCCUUUUUCUUUAAAGCAAUAGCACCAUCUAGUGGGCUCUGAAAAUAAUGACAAUGGUUCAUGAAGCUUCAUUGGCACAUCACUAGGAUUAAUUACAGAGCUGCCACAGAUGCCUUGUUUCUUUUGAUUUUAAAGUUUUAUUUAAACAUGGAAAAGAAAAUGUGAAUUAAUGCCCACUUCUGUCCAGGGGUGUUGGUUCAUCGAGAAAACUAAAACUGUAGUCACGUCAUUAAAGAAUCGUAGAGGAAGAGGGCUCAAUGUAAUGAUGUACACUGUACAGUCAUGGAAAAAAUUAUUAGACUACCCUUUUUCUUCAAUUUCUUGUUUAUUUUAAUGCCUGGUACAACUAAAGGUACAUUUGUUUGGAGAAAUAUAAUGAUAGAAAAUAAAUAAAUAGCUCACAAGAGUUUAAUUUAAGAGCUGAUAUCUAGUCAUUUAACAUGGUUUUCUUGAUAAUGAUUUUGGUUAUUAUCAAGAAUGUUUCCAUGACUGUAGAUGUAAAAAUGACCAAAAAAGACACGAAAUGACCAAAAAAAGACACAAAAUUAUCGUUAUAGAAACAAAUUGACCAAAAAAAGAUGUAAAAAUGACUAAAAAAGACACAAAAUGACCAAAAAUAGAUCUAAAAAUGAUCAAAAAAGACAAUAAAUGACAAAAAAGACACAAAAUUACCCCAAAAUGUCUAGAUAUCAGCUCUUAAAUUAACCUCUUAUGAGCUAUUUUUGUUAUAAUUAUAUUUGUCCAAAUGAACAAUAAACUGGUGAAAACAAUUUCCAUGGCAUUUUCCAUUGAUUUCUUUAUAAUAACCAAAAUUAUUAUUAAAAACAUGGAAAAUGGCUAGAUAUCAGCUCUUAAAUGAAACAUUUAUGAGUUUGCAGGGCAUGAAAAAUGGUCUAAUAAUUUUUUCCAUUACUGUAAUUGAGUGAUGAAAGUUAUCAUUUCUGUUUGUCUAUUUUUAUUGUCUUCAGUGGGGAUUUAACUGAUGAAAUACAUUAUUCACAGUCUGUUUCCUUUUCACAUUUUGAUUUUAUUAAUGCAACUUUUCAACCUUAUUUAGGUGAAAUCAACCUUUAACACUAUGUGAAAUUACUUUGAAACAAUCAGAAAUGUGCUCAGGAAAUUUUACACAUACAUCAGACAAUAGAGAGGGACAAAAUCCCUUACCGGCAUUCCAAAAAAAAGCCAUAGCUUCAAUCACAAAGGGUAAAUUGUGUUUUUUGUGCAGCGGUUUUUGUUUCACACAAUGUUUAAGGUGUGUUAUUGAUUUGUUGAAGCACCACUUGUAGGUUGGUUUGUGUUGAGUGUUUCAUUUGCUUAACAUUACAAUUCAGCAACACUUAAAAAAAGAUUUUUAAAUUUGUUGUACUUUUUGAUAACUGAUUUUGUGCUUUGAAUAAAUAAAUCAAUAAAGAUACUGUUAAUUUUAACAGUGCAGAAAACCCUGUUUUAUUUCCAGCUUUGCGUUAGGGCUGGGCGAUAUGGAACAAAAGUCAUAUCCCGAUAUAUUUAGGCUGAAUAUCGAUAUACGAUAUAUAUCCUGAUAUUUUUAUCGCAAAGUGAGAGCAAAUGUUCAGUCAAAGUCAAAUAUGACAUGUCACAAGUAGUUUUAUUGAAACCGUUUAUUUAAGUGAACAAAGCUCCAUGAAGUGCAC